AAAAGUUCUAUUCUUGUAUCUGUAUACUUGUUGGGCAGCUAUUAUUUUUAAUCUACUUAUCUACGGCCCUGAAAGUUAAAAAAAUAUGCGAAAUAAGGAAAUAGGAGCGUGCGCGCUGGGCGCGGCGGCGGCGGCGCCGGCGUACCGGCCGGCGCGGCCCUCCACCGACCUCUACACCAUCUUCGACCCCAUAUUCGGCGUGGUCACUCCCUCUCGCUACAUGAAGAGCAUGGCAGAUUUUGCCUUCAGGGCUCGGCGGCACCAAGAGAACGGGACAACGAGCAGCGGCGCGGAUGUGCGGCCCACGCAAGCGAUGCUCGCCAACUUCUCCGUGGAUGGUGGUUCCAGCAGCAUCGACCCGCAAGCGGAGGGGUUUACCGGCAACAACGGCGCUGGGUCCACAUCUCCUGCGGCACUGGCCCGCCGUGAUCUGGUCGACAACACGACCGACGCCGGGUCGACAUCGACGUCUACUGUGGCACUGGCCCGCGGUGAUCAGGUUGACAAUAGGAGCAGGAGCGACACUGCAUCUACAUCUACAGCGGCACUGGCCCGCCGUGAUCUGGUCGACAACACCACCGACACCGGGUCGACAAUGUCGACGUCUGCUGCCGCACUGGUCCGCGGUGAUCAGGUCGACAAUACUAAUAGUAGUACCUACACUGAGUCUACAUCUACAGCAGCGCUGGCCCGCGGUGAUCAAGUCAACAACACGAGCAGGACCGGCGCUGGGUCUACAUCUCCUGCGGCACUGGCCCGCCGUGAUCUGGUCGACAAUACGACCGCCAUCGGGUCGACAAUGUCGACGUCUACAGCCGCACAAGCUUGCGGGGAUCGGGUCGACAAUAACACCGACGUUGGCUCGACGUCUACAGCGAAAGAUAUUUUAUCUGCACCGAAAUAAUAUAAAUAGAUCGAAUAUAGGUAAUGUAAA